AUGUCCUGCGCAACACAAACUGUCACCUUCGCGGCCUCGUCUGCCAGCCGUGAAUCCAGUCCUGCGAGAGACAAUGAACGCACGCAGCUCCUACCCCGUGGCCGCCGCCAUUCUUACAACACCCUUCCCCGACGACGGCAGUCCAGCAUCUGCAGCGCCGAUGCCAUCUUUGUGCGAGUCGAUCUGUUUCUGAGUGAGCUGAAAAGUAGGCUUGACAGACUAGAAAAAUACCGCCAAGACAGUCUUCUACACCUUGAUGCUCAGUUGGAGCGAGCGUACCAAGUUUUGAGCGAUGUACGAGACUCAUGCGCCCCUUCCCUUUCCGGUGAACUGCUGUGGGGGGCUGCGAGACACCGGGCUCUCAUUCUGGUCGAUACGCUGGAGACCCGCUACAACGACAUCAUGCCGUCAAGGGAAAGUCUGGAGCACAAAGCACAAGAAGGCAUGAGGGUGAUGGACUCCUUUCUUCUGGAGCUGGAGUCACGGAUGCUGGAAAGAAAGAAACAGUUGAUUGACUCAGGAUGGAGGAAGGUCGACGACUCGCUCAAUGCUACCCGGGAGAUGCUAGAAGACGGUCUCGACAAAGCGCUGCGAGCGAGAGAUUUGCUUGCCGAGUCCGUCUCUCACGCUCUGACCCGUGCAGCGGAAACAAGAUUGAUUCAUUACGAAGAUCUCCCCAUGCCUUGGAGGAAUAAUCCCCAUAUUCUCAAGGGCUACCGAUUCAACAAAACGCAAUUCGAAUGCUUCACCACCAUGUUUCACGCGCACAAUGAGAUGGUCAAUAUCUGGUCCCACGGCAUCGGCUUGCUAAUCGUUCUUACCGUGGCUUUCUAUUACUAUCCCUCCUCAUCGACAUUUCCCCUCUCGACCAAGAUGGAUGUCCUAAUAGCCGCUUGUUUCUUUGCCGCCGCCUGCAAGUGCAUGAUCUGCUCUACCAUGUGGCACACCAUGAACAGUAUUUCGGACAAACGUUUGUUCGAUCGCUUCGCUUGCGUCGACUAUACGGGCAUUUCCCUUCUGGUGGCAGCGAGCAUCCUUAGCACCGAGUGGACAGCCUUUUAUUGCGAGCCCAUAUCGCGGGCGGUCUACAUGACUUUGACAACGGUGCUGGGAGUAGCCGGUACAAUCCUGCCAUGGCGGGAGAGUUUUAACCGAGCCGAUAUGGCUUGGUUCCGGGUGAUGUUCUUUGUGACGUUUGUCGUGGUUGGCUUUGCGCCGGUGCUGCAACUGAACUAUACCCGAGGAGCGGCAUGGACCUUCUACUUCUAUGCACCCGUUGCGAAAAGUAUCAUGGUGUACUUCGUGGGAGCUCUCAUCUAUGCGAGUCAGGUGCCUGAAAAAUGGUGGCCUGGGUCAUUCGAUUACAUUGGAUGCAGUCACAAUAUCUGGCAUGUUGCAGUCGUCCUGGGAAUCAUCUUUCACUAUUUUGCUAUGUUGGACUUCUUCCAGGGAGCAUUCACUAGGGCGAGCGAUGGUUGUUGCUUGGGUUGA